GUCGACGGAGGGAGGCAGGGAGGUAGGCAGGCAGGCAGGGCCGCAGGCGGUGGUGGCGGUGAGCGGGCCAUUGAUUGAGAUCGUCCAGUGCAUCGCAUCGCGGAAUCUGAAUCUGCUCGUUCUCGCGUUGUUGUGUUUGGCUCGGGUUUAGUUUUCGACGACACCAGAGCUUCGCCGCCCUCUUCUCGCUGUUUGCGGAAAUUUUGAUCGCAUCGGGGAGCAGGUCGACGAGGAGAAGGAAGGGGAGGAUCUCGGACAGGGCCGGGAAGCGCAAGCGUUGCAGUAAGCAAGGCAGCAAGCAGGCAACAUGUUGCAGGGAUUGCCAUGGAAGGUGUUAGUGGGGCCAGGGUUAUUGCUAGGUCUCAAAUUUGCCAAAGUGGACUAUCAAACUCCUGAGAACUUGCUUAUCGUGCGGAUACUUUAUGGAGUUUCUCAAGUGUUUAUACUAGGGCUCUGCGCGUUCAUCGCCUACGGGAUCCGGAGUAGGGGUGACGAUAAGAAAUCUCUGAAAAUUAAGACACCCCCGGCGACUGGUGGUUCUGGCGAACAGCCAACGGAAACGAAAAUGACAUUCAAGGAUUACGACAUGGGAGAACUCACAAAGCUUUUCAAGAAUUUUGCACUGGGAGCUGCUGUGACCAUCGGAAUCCAUGUGUAUAUGCAAGUUGUACCUGCCCUCCUUCUCCAAAUAGUAACGCAGCCAAUAACGUUCAUAGAGCAUCCACUCUUCUCAAUAUACGUCCUCAAUAAGGAUCCAGCUAAAGAUAGCAAACUAAAGCGACCCUUUCCAGACAACUCUCCGGCUGCAAGGAUGGAGGCUAUGAAGCAGGAGGCAUUGAAGCAAAAGGAAUUGCAAGAACAACGAGACCGACCCAGCAACGAGACUUUGACAGACGGUGGGAGCACGUCUUCAACGGCUGCAUUAGAUACAGCAACCGGUGGGAACGCUCAAACUUCUGUUUCGACUGCCGAAAGGAGACCUACCAGACCUAAUACUGCUGAAGAAGAAUAGACAAUUUUGCUCAGCUUCACGUAGUCGGAUUCCAAAAUAGGUUAUUAGUGUUGGUCAUCACAAUUCAUGAGAGCUUGAUUAAUCAUACCAAGGGUCCAGGUACCAAUGGGCGUCGUUGUCGGGUUCGAGAUUUUUUAUGAGAAGGCAGGUGCCAUCCACAUCAUUUUUUUCUCUCAUCCCCUGUACAUAUGAGACUCCUACUGUCAUGAUGGACCAUGAGAAUCGGUACAGGAUGAUGAAUGAAAUUUUCUUGAAGUAAGAUCAAGGAAAUAACGGAUCCCAUGUCUUACUCUUCGAAAUCGACGACAGAACUGUGUAGGCAAAUCGACUUUCCAUCCCAUGUGGAUUUUACCUGGAGGAAAUUGGAUCGGCCCCUUUACUGCGCUACUUUUAUCAAUCUUAACAGUACACCCGAAGAAUUGUAUAUGGUAUAUUGCAAAUAAAAUAGUGAAAACUGCAUUGUAAUCUACAGGAUACG